AUGGAGGAUUCAAUAGAACAUCCUCGUAUAUCAACCAAUGCAAUAACUGUUAUUGGAAAUAUCUAUCAUCCUAUUUGGUCUUAUCUAGCAUUCAUUUGGCUUGGUGUUGGUGUUACGUUACCAUUUCAUUUUUUCAUUAUAGCUGAUCCAUAUUUUCGUUAUAAACUACAUGAUUCAACUGAAUUCAAUGACUCAAUAUCGACUCUUGCAUUAUCCUAUGAAAAUAUUGUUACAUUAUGCUCAUCGUCGACAAAUUUAAUAACGAUAAUAUUAGUUACAUUUUUAUUUGUUCCAUAUAUUCAUAAACGUCGAAUAUAUACAUCUUUCAGUGUUAUAAUAAUCUGUCUUAUAAUUUGUUUGUCGUUUACAUUCGUUGAUGUUACACGAUGGCGUUUAUUGUUCUUUAUUUUAACAAUGAUACUUGUUGGGAUACAAAGUAUUUGUAGUGCUGUUGCACUUAAUUGUUUCGUUUCAUUAGCAUCAACAUUACCGAGUCGAUAUAUUCAAGGUUUUGUUUCUGGUCAAGCUCUUGGUGGUCUAUUUAUAAUUAUAUCUUCAAUAGUAUCAAUAUUGAUUUCAAGUAACGAAUCAAUAUCGGCAGCUAUUUAUUUUAUUAUUGCAAUAUUAGUUAUAAUAUCAAAUAUUAUAAUAUAUUAUUUUCUUGAAAAAUCUCAUUUAUUUCAAAUAUAUUCAUCGUCAAUACGAGAAAUUAAUAAUCGAUAUGAAGCAUUAUAUCACGAAUCAUUAUCAAUAUCAUCGAAUCAUAAUGAUAAUCAGUUCUCAAGUUUAACAUCACUAGGAAUACGUCCACGUUUAUUGGUUGCGUAUAAAUACACGAAAUGGAAUUUUUGUGGAAUAUUUUUAACAUUUGUAUCAACAUUAUCACUUUUCCCCGCAUAUCUAUCGAAGAUUCAGCCAUCUUAUCCGUCAAUAAAUUAUCCAAAUAAAUUAUGGAAUGGUCGAUUAUAUGCACAAAUAAUGACAUUUCUUCUAUUUUAUGUCGGUGAUACAUUUGGCCGUGUGAUAUCAUUAAAAGUGCGCAUACCAUCAUUAUUAUAUCCACGUGUUUUAUUUUGCAUAUGUUUAUCAAGAUUUUUGUUCAUAAUUCUAUUUGCUUUUUGUCAUUUUCCGAAUAGAAAUGGUUUUCCAUAUUUAUUUCAAAAUGACUUUAUUUAUGCUUUAUUAGUGUUACUUUUCUCUGUAUCACAUGGAUAUUGUAAUUCAAUUAAUAUGAUAUAUGCACCGAGAAGAGUACAUGAACAAUUAAGUAGUACUGUUGGAGCACUAAUGAUGAUGGCACUUACGUCGGGAACGUUUGUUGGUUCAUUAUUAUCUUACGGUAUUGUGGCUAUGUAUGGCAAUAAUAAACCGUCGAGUAUUCUGCAUAUUCAAUAA